AUGUGUGUCGCGCGACAAACACAAGCACGUGCGAUCGGGCGUCUGACGUCACAGGGGUCGCCCCCGCCCCGCCUCUUAGAGAGAGAGAGAGGAGAUCUAAGCGCGGCAACGGCGCACGGCCCGUUUGUUUUCGCAUGUAACGCCAGUGAUAAGGGUGACCAGGGCUCCUGGGAAAGUGGACUGUCGUACGAGUGUCGUUCUCUUCUAUUCAAAGCUCUCCAUAAUCUCAUUGAAAGAUGUUUGCUAUCGCGGGACUUUGUGAGGCUCGGAAAGUGGUUUGUGCAACCGUACGAUGGAGACGAAGAGGACGUUGGCAAAAGCCCGUGGCACCUGUCUUUCUCGUUCGCGUUCUUCCUGCACGGCGAGAGUACUGUGUGCGCGUCAGUUGAUGUCCGCCAGCACCCGCCAGUUCGUACGCUCACCGCUAAGAGGCUUGCGCGGUUGCACGCUCCGCCCGCUCAUUCGCCAAAGGAUAACAAGGUUAUCCUGGCGCCAUUCGGACUGGAAGGCCGCGUGACGGGCAGGGAGUGGACAGACUCGGAUCCCGCUACUGCCCGUUUGCUCGACGCCUGGAGGCAUCUCUAUCCUUUGGAGCAAGCUACUGCUGCUGUAGAGGUGGAAUGUGGCGGCGUGCGCAUGCGUUACCCGGUUCCGUACGUGCUCGUGACGGAGAUGGAGGCGCAUCCGGGCACUCCCCCACCCGCAGCGGAGCUAGCUGCACGCACGCUUCGCUCUCUCACAACGCCUGUAGCCCAUCAGACUGCUGAGUUAAGCUUCGCCGAGACAUCCGGGGACCCGAGUGACGACUUCGUAGACCCAACACGCAAAACUGGUUGCGCCUGCGCAAAGUGGCGGCGGCGCCGAGCCCCGCGCCCGACGCCCUUCCACCGCCGCGCGCCGCCCCGCCCGCCCCGCUCGCCACGCUCUCCUCGCGCCGCAAGGCAUCACGCGCCCAUCCCGCAAGCCAAUAACUGCAGUGGCGUUAAUGGUCGCGGGACGUGUUCGCCGGCGAGUUGCGGUGGGGCUUCGCCCGCUGCGCCCGGCUCGGCGCCUUCUCCCCAUCACACCACCUUACCUUCGCAUCAGGGUCCAAACGUACCCACAACGCUGCAUACGCCAGCUCCAACGCCAGACCCGCUGGCUCCACCCACACCCGCUCCGCCUUCUCAUCAUAAUCAUAAGCUGUUUACUCAGGGCGACUCACCACCGGCGGGCAGCACGUUAAGCACAACGGGCGGGCAGUCGCCCAGUGCGGUGGGGGCGGGGGCGGGCACUGGGACAACCUCGGUGCCCUUGCCGCGGCGACCGCUCCUACCCGCUGCUGAGAAGCGGCUAGACCCGCUAGAGGAUGAACACUCGCUGCAUAUGCUCUACGAUUAUACCACCGUGCACGCCUGGCUGGAGCACCCAGUGAAGCGGUUCAAAAGUGACGAGAACAAGUUCCGUGAGGAGUUGGUGCUGGGUACGACCGGUGUUGAUUUGUACGCGGGACAAGAGUACACACGCCCACCGGACUACAUACACAGAGUUGAUAUCAAACAGGAGAAAGUCGAACAGGAGGAUGUGAAGGACUACAAAAACCUAUUUAGAUUGGACGGUCUGUGUCCGACUUACAAAGAUUUGGAACAGAUUUUUGACAACUCAGACGACGCCGCUAGCGGCGAUGAGACGGUAAGACUUUUACAAGUGCAAACGCCACCGGACUCGAAUAAGUCAUCAGAAGUGCGCUGCGUACGUGCAGAAGAGCUAAGUAAGAUGUUCCCGACGCCGCCCAGUAUGGAGGCGCACGCGCAGUCCUCACCCGGUUUUUGUGCUGACGACACCAUAACUGCCGGAACACUCACACGUCAUGGAAGUCCGCCUAGAGACCCCAUCGAAGAUUGGUCGUAUGUAUUCAAGCCAGCAACCGUAUACAAGUACGUGGGGUCAUCCAAAUACGCCCCCUUGAGUACGUUACCCAGUCAGCUGUUACCGCCUGUGGUAUUGCCGCCUCACGCCGUGUACCGCCCGCGAUGGCAACACGACUCUAACACGACAGAACAUGAUGCGUCGCAUGCGCAUGCAACGACGGAAGCAGGCGCUACAAGUACAAGCAACACCACAACCACCACUGGUGGGGUUAAGCGAGCUCUAUCGACGACGUCCAGUACGGGACGUUCUCGGGCCCUCCCCUCCCCUCGCCGAGCUGCACCCCCACAGCCCUCCCCCGCCUCACCUCGCACCCCUGCACCAGCCUGUCCCCUACUUCUGAACGUACUUCUCGCGGACACGGUGCUCAAUGUCUUCAGAGAUCACAACUUUGACAGUUGCACACUGUGUGUCUGCAACGCCAGUGGACGGAGCGUGGGAAACAUUCGAGGAGCGGAUGCAUCUACUUACUUGUGUGGCGUGGAUUGGGGAGGCGCAGAUGAAGAGCCAACUCGAUGUUCGUGUGGUUUUAGCGCUGUCGUUAAUAGACGACUCUCACACCGCGCUGGACUCUUUUACGAGGACGAAUUGGAGAUAACUGGCGUAGCGGAAGAGCCGCGGCGUCGCGGUGCGGGAGACGCGUUAGGCGAAGUGGCUAGCGUGGUGGUGGCGCUGUGCGCUGCACCCGCUGCCUCUGCCGCCUCUGCGCUAUCUCGCGCCGCGAGGAGGGCCGCCGCGGCCCUUGCCCCGACCCAUACCGACACGCGGCUCAACCUGCUCGAAUACUCAGAUGGCGGUGCGGCAGCAAUGUGUGCGCUCCGUGCGGCAGCUGGCGGCGCUAUAUCCAUCACGGCCACUAAGAACAAGAAUGGAAUCACGAUGGGGGCGGUGCAUCGAUGGCCCUUCAUUGGUGCGCGUGCGCCGCGGUCUUCAAGAGAUGUUGUGAGAUUAAUGCGCCGCCUUCGACCAUUACUGCAAGACGCGAUACAGAAGCGUUGCGCGGGCGCUCGCAUGUGGGACGGGGUGACUGGGCCGCUCACGUGGCGACAGUUCCACCUUUUAGCCGGCCGAGGCAACGAAGACCGCUGCGAGCCACAACCGGUCCCUCCGCUACUUGUAGGCCACGAUCGGGACUGGGUUUCUCUGUCUCCCUACGCGCUUCGGCAUUGGGAGCGGUUGGCCUUAGAACCUUAUUCGUAUAGCCGGGAUGUCGCGUACGUUGUACUCGCUGCAGACGGUGACGCACUGACUGAGCCGGUGCGGACGUUCUUUAGAGAGCUCUCGGCUUCCUAUGAAGCGGCGAAGCUGGGAAGGCAUCAACCGAUAUCCAGAAUAGCGAGGGACGGUAUUGUUAGGACUGCACCAGCUGAAAUUGAUAGGGAUACAAAUUGCGAGGAAUGGACGGGCGAGUUACCACCGGGGCGUUUGGGAGAAUACGUGCGCGCAUACGCAGAGACCUUGCGGGCGAACCUAGUACCGCAACUAGCCGCUUUAAACGUCGAUAAGACGUUGUUCGAAUCACCAAAUAGUACAGGAGCAAUGCGACCGCCAACUGCGCCUGACAGACCGGAUACUCCAGGCGGGGCGGGUGGAACUGAGCCGGAAUCAGAUAGCGGAACGGGCGGUUUGGGCACGGCUAGCAGCGCCUGGGAAGAAGAAGAGGGCGGUCCGCCCGCCCUCGUGCUCUAUGUUGUGGAGCCACCUGCAGCACAUGCGCAUCGCCCACGAGCAUUGCACGCCCUAUUACGACUUGUUGCGCAGGCGCAUCAUCAUCUUCAUCACCACAAUCCUCUUAUUAAGAUCAUAUCCUUGGAGGGUGUAUGCGAGACUUGGUGUGGGGCGGGCGGUGGCGGGGCGGCGAGUGAGCCGGGUCUCGUAGCAGAACUUCGCGCACUCGCCUUUACCGUAUUCGCGAGCGCACGCCGCAAUCUUGCGCACACGCCCAACGGAAAAUCGCUCACGGGCUUCGGCACUGCUGCGGACGCUAAUCUCUUCGUUUCUAAUAAAGACGAGAAAAACCGCGCGCCGUACCGUCUCUUUUCACCGGCGUGGGUGCUGGCUCCUCCUCGCGCACCCAAAGAAGUGGCAGAGACAUGGGGACAGGCGGGCGAACAUGGCGCCGUACUUUACGUGGCCUACUGCCUCUCCCACGACCAGCGCUGGUUGCUAGCUUCUGCCACUGAUGCACGCGGGGAGCUACUCGACACCGCCGCUAUUAAUAUCUAUGUACCUGCCAGAUCGCGCCGAAAACGCGGUGGUCCUGCACGAAGGCAUGGCCUGACGAAGCUGAUGGAUUUCGCGCUGGGCGUAAUGUCACAGGCCGCUCAACCUUGGAGGCUGGUAGUGGGACGAGUAGGGCGGAUAGGGCAUGGCGAGCUCAAAGGUUGGAGUUGGCUGCUGUCCAGGCCGAAUCUGUCUCGCCUGUCGACCACGCUGCGCGAGAUGUGCGGCAGCUGCUCUCUCCUAUACCCCACGGGGGCACCCUGCAUCCUCUCUGCCUGUCUCGUGUCCACCGAGCCCGACCCCUGUCUGCGGCUCAUGGCCGACCGCUUCACGCCCGACGAGCGCUUUUCGAAGGCCUCCAUCCAAUCCCACCUGCACACGCCACGCGACGUCACCGCCACGCACAUUCUCGUCUUCCCGACGUCGGCCACCACGCAGUCCAACCAGAUGCCCUACGAACAGCCCGCUGCCAACGGCGAGGAGAACGACAUGCUGCUCAUCGGCCUCGAGAUGGUCGACGAGGACAUCGGCGAGGAUCAGAUGGCGGACCUGCUCAUCACCGACAUGUUCCAAUGCUGGCAGGGCGGAGGCUCCCCGCGUCGAGACGACGAGCCGGGAAGCCGCGAGGGAAGCCCGCCCGGCGGGCCGGCCGCCGCUGCCGUCGGAGCUUACGCCCGCGACCACGAGCCGCAACCCGAGCAAGUGGGCACGGUGCUCCAACAGCCGCUGGCGCUUGGCUACCUGGUGUCGACGGCUCCGCUCGGUUCCAUGCCUGCCUGGUGGUGGGCCGGCUGCGCACACCUGCGCGACGCCUGCCCCGCCUUCCUUAAGAACGCGCUGCACCUACAGUGCAGCCUUUUGCCUAACGAUGACUACGCCUUCACACAGCGCCGCGACCACAACGCGCAUCCUCUCGAUUCCACCACCACCACUGAUGUACUCAGAUACGUAUUAGAGGGAUACAACGCCUUAUCGUGGCUAGCACUGGACGGCACCACUCACGACCGGAUGUCCUGUCUACCACUGCACGUGCAGGUCCUUAUGCAGCUUUAUCACACCGCAGCCGCUCUCGGCUGA